AAGCAGGGCGCUCUGCAGGAAAGUGUUUGUGGGGUAGCUCUUAUGGUGGCGGACUCCCAAGCGGAAGUUGCUUUCCUUGCGGAGAGGGCUGUGGGGGAGGAGCCGUCCGAGGGAACGUGGGUUGAACGUUACGGGCUGCUGGUGUUGGACCUCAAGCUGGAAAAGGAGUUCGGAUCUACUGUAUACGAAGAAGGAGUGUCCUUCUGGCAAAAUUAUGCUUCAGCUAAAGUUCCAACAGACGGGCAUUGCCCUGCUUGUAGAGCGAAAGGAAAGCUAAACGCCUUAAAAACUUACCGAAUUAGCUUCCAAGAAUCUGUCUUUUUGUGUGAGGAUCUUCAGUGCAUUUAUCCUUUGGGCUCUGAGUCACUUACUAAUUUAAUUUCUCCUGAUUCGGAAGAUUGUCACACUCCAAAUAAGCCUCAAAAAAGAAAAAGAUUGGAAACCAACUGUAAGAAUUCACCUUUUCCAGUUAAUUCUAAAAAGACUAGAAGUCACAUUGUCACUGAGAAUAAACCGAUUGUGAAUGGUAAAUAUAAUGGAGAAGUAUGUGGUGACUUCUCAACAAGCUUCCCAGAUAACAGUGGUCACCAGAAUCCAGUCCGGACAGCUGCUUCCGUGGAGCAGAAUGAGACUUUGGAAGCGGAUAAUGUGGUCGUGGCUACUUCAGAAGAUCCUGCUACAGUUAGUGUCACAUCUGAGCUGGAAAUGCCAUCUAGGAGCAGAUGUCUAUCACUUUGCCAGACUCUCUGUGUCCAGUGGAAAAACAGUCAGGCACUCUGCUGGUUAGACUGUAUCCUUUCGGCCCUAGUGCACUUGGAGGUGUUGAGGAAUACUGUGCUGGAGGUGUGUUCCAGAGAGGAGUGUGUAUUUGGGAGGCUGUUUGAAAUGUACCACCAAGCAGAUAAACUUCUGCACACCCAUCACCUGCAUGGAGUCACAGGUGAAGAUUGUAAAAAAUUGACAUCAGAAAUAUUUACAGACAUAGAUACCUGUUUGAAUAAAGUUAGAGAUGAAAUUUUUGCUAAACUUCAACCUAAGCUUAGAUGCACAUUAGGUGACAUGGAAAGUCCUGUGUUUGCACUCCCUGUACUGUUAAAGCUUGAGCCCCAUGUUGAAAACCUCUUUACAUAUUCUUUUUCUUGGAAUUUUGAAUGUUCCCAUUGUGGACACCAGUACCAAAACAGGUGUGUGAAGAGUCUGGUCACCUUUACAAAUGUUGUUCCUGAGUGGCAUCCACUCAAUGCUGCCCAUUUUGGUCCAUGUAACAGUUGCAACAGUAAAUCACAAAUAAGAAAAAUGGUGUUGGAAAGAGCGUCGCCCAUACUCAUGCUGCACUUCGUGGAAGGCUUACCAAGGAGGGACCUGCAGCACUAUGCCUUUCAGUUUGCGGGUAGUCUUUAUCAAGUCACGUCGGUAAUACAGUACCAAGCCAACAACCAUUUUAUAACGUGGAUUUUACAUGCUGAUGGGAGUUGGCUGGAGUGUGAUGACUUAAAGGGUCCGUGUGCUAAAAGGCACGUGACCUGUGAAGUGCCAGCAUCAGAGACACAUAUCGUUAUUUGGGAAAGAAAAUCCCAGGUGCCAGUUGAAGAAGCUGCCUGCCUUCCAUGCAUGAAGCCACAUGUGCAGCCUGUGUCAGGUGAGGAGCAGCCGACUUGCCCAGCCCUGGGUUCUCUGGCUGGGACAGCCACCUCAGAACCCUCAGUUGCUCAUCCCACACCAAUGGCAGGCACUCCUCAGACUCCUCCAGAAAUUCAAGCUGGAGCUCAUGGAGAUAGUGUACUUUCAGGAACAAAAGGCUUGGUCAACAGCAUUUUACCCUCAGCACUUGAAGAGACCAUCCAGGAAACUGCCUCUGUUCCUCAGAUUGACUCCAAAGAUUGCCUGUUGGAAGACAAACCUGUGGCAGGAAGUGCAGGACUUGUAAGAGUACUUGCUUUUCAGCCCCAGGACUCCCUGGGGUCUUCCUUGUUGUCUAACCUGUGUGAAGGAAAACUAGUUGCCCCAUGUGUGGAUUCCAGUUUCCCAGCCCAAGCUGUGAGCACAGACCUGCAGGCAACACCGUCUCAGGCAGGGGACACUGUGGUUCCUAAACCUGUGACUGAUGCCCCUGUUGCUGUUCUUGUUCAGGAAUUGAAGUCCAUGGCAACUGAGGAGGACUCUCAGAUACAGUUGCUGCCACUGAAAACUGAGAAGUUAAACCUUGAACAACCUGGUAAAUCUCAGGCAUCUAAUUUGAGAAAAAGAGAAAGCACAGCGACUUCUAAAACGGUAGCAGCCAGGUCAGCACAGAAUCAGCCUCGGAAAGACGACCAGAAGAAAGCCUUCGUGGGAAGUUGGGUGAAGGGGCUGUUGAGCAGGGGUGGCGCGUUUAUGCCACCCUGUGUUUUGGCUCAGAGUAGAGCAGUAACUGACCUACAGCCCUCUGUUAAAGGAGCCAAUAAUUUUGAUGGCUUUAAAACGAAAAGUAUAAACCACAGAUCUAAAAGGAAGUCCAGGAAAGCUAAGCCUGUGGAGGAGCUGUCUCCAGGGAGCAGCUCCCCACCGUCGGGCAGCAUGGCUGCUGGGAACGCCGCCUCAGCCCGGUUGAAGGAGCAGGAAGGCUCACGUCCAGCUCUCCUCAGCCACAGAUCCCCCAGUGAUGAAAGCGCCAUCUCUCCAGCAAGCCAUGGAGAUGCAGCUGAAGAUCAGGUUCAUAAGCUUCGGCUCAAACUUCUUAAAAAAUUAAAGGCAAAAAAGAAGAAACUAGCCGCUCUCAUGUCUUCCCCGCACCGUGGAACACCUGUAAGUGACCAUUCAGAGCCUGCAUCCUAUUGUGGGUCUCCAAAUGACUCUGAGUCCAUAGAAGACCUGUUCAAAGAACUACAGUAUCAAAUUGACCUUGCAGACAGGUCUGGGUGCAGCUCUGCUCCUGAUGGCACCUCAUGUAACAGCCAGAGUCAUGAGGAGAUUUUAGCAGAGUUGCUGUCACCUACAGCCCUGUCAGAGCCCUCAGAAAGUGGGGAGCUUGAGUUGAGGUACUUGGAAAUGGGAGACAGCACCCCAACAUCAGUACCUAGUGACUUUAGUGCUGUUUCCCAGAACACAUGUCUGAAGCAGGAUCAUAAUUACUGCAGCCCUGAGAAAAACCAAUGUGAAGUUAAUCUGCAUUCAGCCAUAGACAGUGCCUGUAUAAGAACCUUGAGCUUAGGGAGUCCCAUGAAGACUGAUAUUCUUGAUGACUUUUUUUCCGCUUCAGCACUGAAUUCUUUAACAGAUGACACAUUAGACAUACCUCAUUUUGAUGACUCUCUGUUUGAGAAUUGCUGAGUGCAUGCUGUGUUUCCUUUCAUACCGACCACUGCUGCUAGGAGGCUGUGACUUGUCCUUAGUGUUGGCUGAAGUGCACGGCCUUGUGUUCUAGCCACGGGGAAACUGGGAACUACUGCAAAUUAAAGUCCUCAGCCGAGUUUUUGUUUCCUUUUGUGAUUGUGGUGCGGUACAUGAAGCAUGGUACGGUUCUGCCGUUGAUGUGUGGAGUCUGGGGAGAUGCCUCAGGUGCUAAAGGAUGCACAGCAAGUGUGACAGAGUUCAGUUCCCAGAACCAUUGUAAGCAGGCAGGCGUGGAGUGCCAGGAGCUUACUGACUAGCCAGACCAAGCAGAUCAGCUCCAGUUAUAUUGGAGACUCUGUCUCCAGGAAUGAGGUGGAGUGGACUUAGGAGGAUAUCACCACCGGUUCUGACCCGCAGAAAGGAGCGACGCGACACGAGAUUCUUCCCAACACAGUUUACUCAGGAACCUUUUUACAAUAUCUCUCUGGAAGCCCCAGAUCCCAGUUCCACUUUCCCUUUUAUCCCCAUGCCUGGUCACUCAGAGCCUGCCACGUGGGCGCACACGUCAAACGGCCUGAUUUUGCGUGGCAGCGAGUCUGCACAGUAGUUCUGCGGACAUGGCUCUGACUGGGUUGUGUGAGGAAGUCAGGCGGCAUUCAUAAGCUUAGGUGCCAUUUUAGCUGGCCGCCACACCCACUCCCCACAGGAGGACACCCAAUACUGUCCUGUCCUGGCCUCUAAACCAUGCACACACAUACACACAAACACAUUAAGUACCUUUUAGUAUUUAAGACUCAGCCUUCUGUGAGUCUGGUGGCACUAUGUUGACACAAAGCUAGUGAAGUGUUAUAUUAGGGCGGGAUACACCUGUGGGUAGCAUUCACGCGUGUGUGGAUCCCCAGCUGACUUUUGAGUCCUUCUCCAUUACUCUCCACUGUCUUGAUUGAGACAAGCUCUCACUGACCUUGCUGCUCACUGGCUCCGACUUUUCUGUCUAGCCAGCUUGCACAUCAUCUCCCCAGGUCUGAAAAAACUACUUUGCUUGAAAAAACUUCUUUUAAAAUAGGGUCUCAUGGAGAGCCCAGGCUGGCCUUGAACUCAUCGUAGUAGCCCAGACUGACCUAGAACUACUGAUUCCUCUGAUCCUCCUACAAUCUGAGUUCAGGGUUACGAUUGGAGCCAACAUACCUAUUCCAUUGUGCCCAUAACAAAUGCACUAAUCAAAAUAAUCUUGAUAGUUUUGCUAUGGUUAAUUGUGCUGCCACAGUUAUACUUGGUAAAUUUUGCACAGAUCCAAGUUUUAUUUGGGUAGGGGGAUUGUAUGAAGAUUGGUGGUUUAGGGUGAAAAGAUCAUCGAUUCUGAUGGCAUGAUCAGCUUUUAAUUUUUGCCAGCACUAAGUAGGAAGUGCUUGGAGUCCUCAUCAAGGGGAACCAGCCUGAGCUGGUUCUGUUUACAUUUCUGUGAUUACUAUCAAGAUGGGACAUUUGCUCUGUCAAUGGUCAGUUGAAUUUCUGUAUGGAAAUGCUUGCCCAGCCUUUACUAGUAAGUACCAAGCCCUGUGUGUGAGCCUGGGAUGAAACAGGAAAGUGAAAACCUUGCACUUCGUGAGGAGCUUCCACACAUGGUGAUAUGUUUGGUGGCUGUAGGAAAUACCUUCAGUUGAUUGAUGUUAGAUGGUUUUGGCAGUCAAGGUAUAUCAGCUCUGUAGAAAAUACCUUAUUACUACUUUUAGAGAAAACCCAGGCUUGUGCUUUUUUUUUUUUUCUUUUUUGAGCCUUAUUUAUUCUUACUUAAUAUUGAUUCAGUGUUUAUUAACAUUGGACUCAUGGUCAUCAGUCCUAUAACUUGGGCCUGAACAAAACUUCUGGGACACUAAUUUUUUUUUUUUUAUUUUAAGUGUACGGCUCUUCAAACUGCCUUGCUUAGAAACACUGUAUAGAACGCAGCACUGCUUGGGGCCAAAACACUAACUAUUGCCGUGAUAAAAAACGAAAACUCAGUUACAGUGUAAAGCUGAAAUGGGAAGGUGGGAUGGGAUGUUGAUUCCUGAACUCAGCCGAGAAUGUGUGUCUUGAGCUGCUCAAGUUUUUUACCAUUACGCUGAGCGCAUGACCAUGGACAGCCUUACGAAUGUUGGUUUUUAGGGAUAACCUUUACAGACACUUGGUCCCCAGCUGAUGGUAGUAGCAUGGGGGAAGGACAUGGGACUUCAGGAGGAAGUGGACCCCUUCUGUGGGCCUUGGGCUUUUAGAGCCUGCCAGCAUUUCCUGGCCACUCUGCUUCCUAACUAAAUACAGCAUGACCACGGCCUCAGGUUCCUGCUUCCAUGCUUGCCUGCUGUGCUGAGACUACAUGCCUUCCAGAUGUGAGCCAAAAUAAACGUGUCUUUAAAUUGC